AUGUGUGAAAAAAGGAUCAGAAAAAUAAAGAGAGGUUCUCAUCUCACCCGCUUGCGAGAAGCGAGACGUUUGCAGAGACUGCAACGAUUCUCAUUACCAUCAGCGAGAGAUGACAAUACCACGGCCCCGUGUCCUCCAACGGUGGACAAACAGGCCCAGAACAGAGUCAUCCUCGAACUAGCGUGGAAAACAGUUGCUCUCAUGCACAAGAACAGACUGAUACAACAAAAGAUCAUAGCAUUAAAAAAAGAAACAUCUGAAUUCGUAGAAACAGUAAUGAACAAUCCAGAGAAUAGGAAACGUUAUUUAGAACACAUUCGUUUGCAUGGGACACCACAAGUACAGAAUCAGGUUCCAGAAAAUAAGGCAUCUUUGAACAUUGAUCUUAAAAUGUAA